AUGAAGAAGACCUCGGGCGCAAUCCCGGGGCCCGUCGACGAUGAGCCGACGGCACCACCGACUCCCGCGGCUUCCGCCGCCCCCUCGACGCCCUCGGGGCUGUCAGGCCUCCACCCGGGCGAUGCCCGGCACAUGAUUGCCGCCAUCCGGCGGUCAAGCGGCCGUUCCAGCGGCAGCCAGGCAAGUCUUCCUGUUUGCGUUUGCGUUUUUGGCCUUUUGGCCUCGAUGGAUGUUUGUACACACCUUGGCCGUGACCUUAUGCUUAACGAAGAACUAGAGGGAGUUCCAGCUCCCCAAGCGCACCCUCAACCUUCCCCCCUCGCCGGCAGAAGCGAGCGCGCCCACCGAGAAUCGUGGGGGCAGCACCCCUGGUCGGAAUGCCGGUCAAAAUGCGAUGGAAAGGGGUGGGCGUGUCGGCCCAAAGAGGCAACGCCGACAACGAGGAAAGAGGAGGAGGACAACGGCCCGGCCGGUGGACCGGUGUUCCCGGAGGUGCAGCGGUUGCUGUACCGGGCAACCGACUUUUUGUCGUCCCCCGUUACGCCCUCCCGCCUGCCCGCCCAAGGGCGCCAGCACCAGGCCUCUGGUGCGCGAGACGAGACCCCGGCCGCGACCAGCAGCCCCAUGCCGACCCCACCCCCCGGCUCCCACCCCCCCGCGCCCCGACCAUCUGCGCCCUCCCCCGCCGCCCGCCUGCUCAAGAUCGUGAUCAAGGGUCACCGCGCGGGCCCCGCCGCCACUGACCGGCCCGCGGCGGCCGAGAACCAGCCUCCGCCGGGGAGGAAGACCGUGCCCUCGGGCGACGGAGAGGCAGUUGCGGCUGCUGGUGAGGAGCGGGCUGCGACAGCCCAAGGGCCGAAGAGGCCGACGAAGAUCAAGGUCGUCAGCCGGCCCUGGUCGUCGCUCGCUCCUCACAGAGCCGGCAACGGCAACUCUGGUGGGGGAGACGAGGAGGUGGUGGAGGAGGCGGACAAGCCGGCCCCCUCGCACGGCGAGCCCGGCGGUGCUUCGGUCGCUGCCCGGACCGGGGCAGCAAAGGUCGGUAGGCCCCGUGGCAAGAAGGGUGCUUCCGCGUUGGCCCCCCCGCUUUUUGGUGCCCCCCAGCACCAGAACCAGACUCUUGGCCUCGGUGAGCCCGGUGCUGCCGCGGGCAACACCAACGCCCCGGCGCCAAAGCCGAAGAGAAAGCCGCGCGCCAAGAAGGACGCCCCCCCGCCCGCCGCUUCCCCCCGCCCGCCGCCCCGAGCCGCGCCGCAGAGCAGGCCCAGGAAGCCCAAGGCCGACGAAGCCCAUCUCAAUGUUUUGGGCGGGCUUGUGGGCGGUGCUUUGGUGCAGCCCAACCAGGGCAACAAUGGCCCCUCGCAAGGGUUGUCAGACCAGUCCAGCCUGGACCACCGCCUCGCCGACCCCGAUGCCGAUAACCUCCCCGGCGAACUCCCAGAGGGCCCCCACCAGGCAGACCCCGGCCCCGAGCAGCUUGAUGCCGCUCCUAUCGACUCCGCACUCGAUGCCCCCGUCCCCUACAUCCCCCUGGACCCGAUUCCCACCCCCGGCACCGGCCCCUGCGACCCCUGCGACCUGCGCUUCGAGCCCGACAGCACGCUGCCCGAGGUGGUGCACGAGGACAUCCAGGCGCUGGCGCGCGACGGCACUCUGUUUGCGCGCACCCUCGAGAGCGUCCACUGGGCGCACACCGCCCUCGACAGCUGCGGCUACGACUUCGACAGCGACCCGCUGCGCGCCCCGAUCCCGCGUGCCGUGCGCGCCGCCCUUGCGGGGUAUAGGCCGUUUGUGUUUCCGAGGACGGGGGCCAAUCCGUUUAUGGGGGCGGAUGUGCCGAGGUUUGGGGCUGUUGCUGCCGUGCCGAUGGGGGUUGUUUAUGGUGGUGGUCAAUGUCGGAAUGGGAUGGAGCGUGGGGAUCCGGCGGACGCGAGUAUGCUGGGGGAUGGGGUGGUCUUGGGGUGGGUGCUGCCGCGGACGAUUCGCUAUGGGAGUGUGUUCUCCAGGAUGGAGAAUGUGUUGCUGAUUCCGGCUGAGUGGAGGGAGGGGGUUGCGCCGCGGGAUGAGGUGGGGAUGGGGGUGGAGGGUGCCGAAAAGGUUCGUGGCGAGCCUGGUGCUGUUGCCGCUGCUGCUUCUCCCAUCGAGGAGAUGCCGCUUGAAGGACCAGCCUACAUCGACCUAUCCAAUGAUCUGGACGACGAUCUUUAUGGCAACAGCCAAGCUGGCGAUAUCGCCGAAGAGCGGCGGGAACUUGAGCCGGAGGAGGACGCUGCCAUGGACUUCGAUCACCUGACAGAGUCCGAAGCUGCCCCCCAACUGGCCACCGGCAUCGAGCGAACUAAUGAUGCUGCCACUGGCAUGGACGAGAGCCUUAACGAGGGAAUGGGGCUUGAAGGACAAGCCUACGCUGAGCUUGGAGGUGAACCGGAGGACGAUCUUUAUGCCAACAACCAAGCCGGCGACAUCACGCAAGACCAGCGAGCACCCUGGCCCGAGAAUAGCACUGCCAUGGAUGUCGAUGAUACGAUCUAUCCAGGAGCCGUCCCCCAACCGGCUAACAUCCCCGACCGAACUCGAGGCCCAGGAAACAAUCUCGGUAACGACCAACCCGGCGAUUUCACGAGAGGCCAGCAAGUCUUCGAGCGUAAUGGCGACAUUGCCAGGGGUGGUGGGCACCCUAGAUACCCAAGAGCUGUUCCCCAACCGGCGAUCGGCGGAGAUGGCGGGAACAACAGAUUUGGUUUCGGGGCGAGUGAACAGAGACAAUUUGGCUGGAAUGGCCCGGACGAUAACGCGAUGCUCGGCCAACCCAUCGGCCUGACCCAAGCGGACAUGGAUGCUACCGUCCCGGGCAGACCCAACCUCGCUGCCCCUGGCUACGAUCCCAAUAACCUUUACCAGCAGCCUGCAGCAUUGGACGACCACUCCAUCAUCUCGGGCGGUCAAGCCGCGGUUGUUGAGGGUCAGCCAACUGCCUUGAACCAGCAUCCCGCGGCGUUUCACGACAACUACCCCGUCCCGAACUACCAAGCUAUGGCCGCCGAGGGCUAUCCCGCCAACUUGAACGAGCAAGCCGCCGCAUCUCAAUACGGCUUCUAUAACUUUGACGGCGAAACAGCUCCCACCGAGGACCAGCCCGCCCCCUGGAACGAACAGCCCGUCGCACGAAAUAACAACUUCCUCAUCGAACACGGUCAAGCUGCUAGAAUCGAGGGCCAGCCCGCCAUCUCGAAUGAGCAUCCCGUCGUAUUGGGCCAUGACCACUUCGCCUUCAAUGCCCGCAUGCAAGCCGCCAAUGCUGAGGCUCAGCCUCCCGUCUUGAACGAGCAACCGGCCGCAUGGAACGACCAUUUGGUCAUCGAAAACGGCCAAGCUGCGGUCAUCGCGCGUCCACCGUCCCCCUUACACUACAACCUCCUUGGCUUGAUUGACCCAGCCGCUGCUGUCGAGGCCGCGGCUAUGCAAGGCGAUCCCGGCGGCAUGAACUACGAAUUUUUCGACCCGAACCGAGGCGCUGCCAUCAGGAAUCGGCCCGGCGUCAUGAACUACGACUUCUUCGAUUCGAACCAAGCCGCUACAAUCCAGGGGCAGCCCGAGCUUGCUCAAUUUGAACGAGCAUCCUAUUUGCUUUGGAAGGAUAUAACAGAAAUACCUGGCCCAACUUUGAGCUGA